AUGCAGGAGAGCGCCGACGGCCUGAAGGACCUCAUGCCCACGGAGCGCAAGUCCAUGUGGCGGACGGCCGACGAGAGGCGCAUGUCGGACCUCACGCGGGUGAUGGAGUGGCUGGAGCGGCGGCGCGGGAGGAAGGGGCCCUCCCUCCAGCCCAAGCUGAGCCGGCCCGAGGACGCGGCCUCCUACCGCCGGCUGUACGGCGUGGAGCCCAAGGGGAAGCGCCUGAGCAUCGUGCCCGGCAGCUACACCAAGGAGAGCCUCGGCAAAACCGAGCUGGAGAUGAAGGACUCGCUGACCUCGGAGCCCCCGCGGCUGAUGUCCUUCCACCACCAGAGCAUGACGGACCCCACGCUGCAGGACACCCUCUUCGGCGCCCGCAAGUCCACGCUGCUGCGGGAGUGGGUGGGCAAGCUGCCCGACUCGGCCUACGAGCGCCGCAUCAGGAGCCUCAUGGAGAAGGGCGUGGAGCCCAAGGUGGAGAUGGUGCGGACGCUCAAGCCCGAGGAGGUGCUGAGCUGCCGGUACCUGCGUCUGUCCAAGAACAACAUCCGCACGCUGCUCAAGCUGUGCACGGACGUGGGCAUGGCCGUGGACAUCCACCCCCACAUGGUGGAGUCGGAGAUCGACGCCAAGAAGGUGUUCGCCCCGUACCCCACCGUGUCCCUCUGA